CAAAGUCAUGAUGAUAAAAUGUAUGCAAGAUCAGUGAGCUGUGUUAAUGUACCAUCAGACCAGCGACUGACAGAGAAAGAGAAGCAAAAAGGAAAUGGUCAUAGGCUGGUGAGAGAACUAAUGGAGCAGGUGACACAUUUGCAAGCAGAACUAGGACCAUCUGAGGAGGAAACCAACUUGCUUUUAGCAAUUACUUUAUCUGAAGGAAGAUAUGAAACAUAUAUAGCUAGGAAACCUAUGACAUUUGGCAGACAAUUGUCACCUGGAAGUGCUGUUUUCGUUGAAGUGAAAGGACAUUCAAAUGUUUUGCCUGGUAUUGUUCGGUACAAAGGAGUAUUACCACCCAUUCCGGGAACUUGGUUUGGAGUUGAACUCAUUAAACAUCCAGGGUCAGGAACAUGCGAUGGAACAUUUAGAAAGAAGCGAUACUUUACCUGUGAGCCAGACUGUGGGAUUUUUGUUGGACUGGACAAAUUAAGACCUAGAGAAGAUGGAGAUGACUUGAAAUCUUUAAACAUUGCUAGAAAAGAAGAAAAUAUUCAAGGAAUUGAUGGAGUGCCUAAGACUGAUGAAAGAGUUGUGACCUUUAUUAAGGAUAGUCCAGCCA